AUGAAGUGCUGAAAAGUGUAAAUAUGCUGCUGUUGCUGAUUACGAUCGGUGUAGCAUUCCAGGAAAACUUUGCAUCACAUAUAUCAAUUCCGAAGCAUGGAAGCUAUGUGUCUUCUUAUUUGAAAUUGAAAUCGUGCUGCCAGCAAAACGAUUUCAUGUGCACAAAGGGGCUGUUGAAAAAUCAACAACUCAUAAUCCCAAACGCCAUGGUUUGCGAUGGAACCCGACAUUGUCCAAACGGAGAUGACGAAAUCUGCACGAAAUGUCCAUUUCCUCCAUCGAUUCCAUUUGGAAAUGCUAUCAUAAACGGGACCUUAUUUACGGCUGGGUCAACUGUCCCCUACCAGUGUGAUGAGGGACACAUGAGGUUCGGAAACAACAUGAUAGCAUGCCAAUCAGAUGGGACAUGGACUAACCCGCCAGAGUGCAGAAGACUAUGUGCGAUGAUACCAAGCUUCCCAAACGCAGUGCCACAAUCUCCUAACCCACCCUUCCUAAGCGGAUCGACAGUGAUUUACAAAUGCCUCCCUAACUUCACUCGAGCCCCUGGGACGGACAGCUUCAUCACGUGCAUGUCGGGCGGAUGGUGGAUGGGAACACCGACCUGUCUACCUAACUGUCCAAUUCCUCCAAUGAUUCCGAAUGGGAUGCCUGUAAAAAUGGACAAUGAGUUCUCUGUGGGGAGUGUUGUUCAGUUCAUGUGUGACGCCAAUUACGCAAUAACUGGACCCGAUACGGUCACGUGCCAGGAGAACGGUGCGUGGACGAAGCUACCUGAAUGCAGAAAGUUGUGCCCAGAAGACCAACUACCAAUGCCUGCCGAUGCGACUCCUUUAUAUGGUUCCCCGCCCUAUGUUGUAGGAAGCAUUGUUGUGUAUGCAUGUAAUGAUGUUACGCAAGCCGUGGCUCCUAACAGCUUUGCAAUGUGCAUGCAGGAUGGUUCUUGGAUGUCUGAUAUAUCAUGCACUCCAGGAUGUAGUGAGAUUCCAACCAUUGAAUUUGGAACUAUUAAUUCAAUUCCGAGCGAGCUUGCAUACGGAUGCUCAGUGACGUAUACAUGCUAUGUGGGUUAUGCUUUAGUUGGACCUCACGUCACAUCAUGCUUGCUAGGUGGAACCUGGAGUCCAAGACCGGAAUGUAAAAAAGUUUGCCCCGUUGAACUUCCGGUGUUCGAGCACGCCUUUCCGGUAUCGUCAAACCCAAAACCGCCAUAUUUUGAAAGCGAAAUAAUUCGAUACGAGUGCGAAGAAUGUUACACUCUUGCCCCUGGCUGCAAGAACAGCAUACGAUGUGAGGACGGGUGUUGGAAGGGAGAAAUACAGUGCGUAAAAGAAUGUGUCAACGCACUACCAAGUAUUCCGAAUGCAACGCCACUGGAAGGUUACAGUCCACCAUAUUUGGCAUCUGACACCGUUGUCUAUAGAUGUAAUGACGGAUACGUGAUGAACUCUUGCGGACCUAACUACGUCACCUGUCAGGCGGACGGGGAAUGGUCCGAUGAACCAGUUUGUAUACCAGACUCGCCACUACGGUGUCCUGUGGCAAGGGCAUGCACUGAACCGAUAUGGAGCGGAGCCAAUCAGUGGCGUCUAUGUGAGGGUGGCGGUCAGGGUGUGUGCGAUACAACGAAAGGGCGACUAGAGGUCUUUCACGAGGACACUUGGCGGCCUGUGUGCAGGCAGGAUGAGUGGUAUCAAUGGCCUAAUCUCCUUGUUGCCUGCAGGAUGUUUGGCUUUCAACACAGCGUCGCAACGUCAGCGUUUGGAGAUUUCGAUGGUCCAACUUGGAUAGCUGAUCUCGAGUGCACGGGUAGCGAGCUUACUCUAUCGCAGUGCCAGUUUGAAUAUCCGAGUGCCUGUAUGCGAGACAUCGGAAUCAUCUGCACAAACCAGUGUACAUCAACGAUUUAGAAGAUGGAACUAAACUAGAUGCUGUCCACCCUACACAGAAUCAACAUUCACAAAUACAUCUGACUCUAUGAUGUUACCGAGAUCGUGAAUUACUUUAAAACAAUCAUGUUUAACAAUUACGCCUUUGCUUGUAAUUUUCCCCA